CAGGGCAGAGGGUGCUCAUCACGGAGGAACUGCAGGACAUGGAAGUGCACAAGGGCUCCUCAGCCACAUUCUGCUGCCGUGUUGCCCCUGCUGACCACGGGCCUGUGCGCUGGUUCCUGGACGAGACACCCUUGCAUGCCAAUGAGCUCAAUGAAAUUGUGGUCCAGCCUGGGGGGUACCAUGUGCUUACCCUGCGACAGCUGGCGCUCAAGGACUCGGGUACUAUCUACUUUGAGGCGGGUGACCAGAGGACCUCGGCCACCCUGCGGGUCACUGAGAAGCUGAGCAUCUUUUCCCAGGAGCUCACAGAUGCCACAGUCACAGAAGGCGAGGACUUGACCCUCACAUGUGAGACCACUGCUCCUGACACCCCCGUGCACUGGACCAAGGAUGGGAAGAUGCUGCGGCCAUCUGCCCGGUGCCAGCUGAGCUACGAGGGCUGCUGUGCCCAGCUGGUCAUCACAGGUGCCACCCCGCAGGAUGGUGGGCGAUAUAAGUGUGAGGCUGGCGGGGCCUGGAGCAGCUCCAUUGUCAGGGUCCAAGGUGAGCUCAGUGCCUGUGGCUCCCAGUCUACCUGGCAGGUCUGCCGUGUGCCUGCCCUGCUGGCCUGCCUCCUGUGA